AUGUUUAAUGAUUCAAUUGAUAUUUAGACGCAACCAAAAGACCAACAAAACAUACCUUCCUAAUAUCCUUACUUAGUGUAUAAUUUCCCAUCUACUUCAUUGAUGGAGUAUAAUAACUCUCAAAUUCCGUAAUUACAAAUAAAAAAUUCAAGUAUUAUGUGAUUUUUCUAUAAAGAUGAUUCGCUUUUUAAAGAGAAUAUGCAAAUUCCAGGAUUCUUUUAAGGUCUCUCUGUACCAAGCUUUUAAUUCAACAAUUCUAAUCAAUUUUAUUUGAAUGAAUAGAAACCUCCAUUAGUACCUUCUAUGGCCAAUGCAUUAGCAUCUGUUUUUAAUGAACAACAAAAAUCAAGUCUAUAAAAUGACAAUAAAAGUAAUCGAAUAAUAAUUGGCACCUAAACACUUUGCAAUAUAGAGAUGAUAUUUGUGUAAAGGUAUUUCGAUAUUAAGAACCAAGUAAAUUGCUUAAUAUAUAAUAGAUAUUUUGUCAUCCAAAUAUGAAAUACACGUUGAAUGAGGAUAGAUCCAUUUCAAAUUAGGCUUGGAUUAAGGAUAGAAUUAAAAAUAGAUACAAAAAACCAGUAAUUUAUACAUUUUAUCGUAUAGAUCAAGGAAUCUAUGUUCGAAUUAAUCGAUAUGUUAUCUGAAGAUGAGGAUUCCAAUAAUAGAUAAUUUUUGAACUUUCAAUAGCUUUAGUUUCAGGGGUUCGAUAAUUUAGAGAAAUAAAUAGCAAAUUCAGUAAAAUAAGAGAAACCAUUUACUGAAAUGAUGGUAGAAAUCCAAUUUCUAAUAAAAUAAUUUUUAGUGACAAAAUUUUGA